UGUUCCACACUCCUUACUGGCUGGUUGCAGUAAUGCGCCACGUCGUUGUUUGCCAACCGCCAAUAAACCAAAGAAGAAGAAGAAAAAAAAGAAAAAGGAACCGCCCUCUGCGUACAUACCGCGGACUUUUGAAAGUAAACAUUGGUGUCAUAGCGAUAAAUAAGUCAGACGGUCAAUCCUUUCCGAUUUACACUCGUUUACAGAUUGCAGUGGAGCAUCAUGAUGUCCAUUACCGACCCAAAUAUGAGCAACAGGUUUGCCAGUGCAAUGGAGGAAAUCCACAAUAAACACCUUAAAGCAUAUGCAGACAUAAUUGACACAACUACAGAGUUGUCUCACAGUCACAGGCAGUUUGUGAAGUCUGCACUUGAUACGUGUUUGAGGAAAUGUAAGGAUGACGAGAAGCUGUUUGAGUCAUUAGGUGAAUUCAAAGGAGACCUGGAGCAAAAACAAAUGGCACUGAAGGAGAGACAGCGUGCCAUACCAGAAACGAUGUCUGAGGUUCAGCACAAGGAGAUGCAGAAAGAGGACAUCAUACAGAAGAUUCAGAAACUUAAAGAGGAUCAAAUGAAAAGAAAAGAGUUGAUCAAGUCUCAUAAUAAAGCAAACAAAGAAAGACUGAGGAAUCUCGAGAAAGCCAGUCACGUUUUCCAGGAUCAUUUGGGUCUGGAGAUUCGAACGGUCAUCUACAAGACACAGUUAGCCAAAGGUAAAAAGUUGCAGUUUAUUUUCCGAAACAUCAGUCUAUCUGACCCAGACAGUGCUUGUGUCAUCACAAUGGGGAUUAAAGAAAACGGAUCUUAUCAGAUUGUGUCCAGCAACCCAGUGCUUGAAUGCUUGCCAACCUUGGAAAGCCGACUUCAGGAGACCAAUAAUUUAUCUGCGUUCCUGGCAAAUGUCAGAAAGGAGUUUAUCUCUAAGGCUCGCCCUUGAGACUAAGGAAAAGGAAGCACGAGGACAGAAUUUUGUGUUUUUAUAUUGUAUUAAAUUCUGUAUUAAAUUCAGCUUGUAUUAUUGCUUAAAAUAGAUCCUACACAAUGUAGGAGUUUAACAUUUUCAAUUUGAUAACUGAAAUAAAUGAAUAUUUCUUGUUUGCUAGUACUAACAUACACCCGUGCUACUGUGUUGUAAAACAUUGUUGUGACGUUACCACUCACAGUGGUCUUGUGAGCAAUGUGGAGCUCUUGCUAUUCACCACCAGGUGGAGUAUGAGGUCACUGAGGUGCCUCUGGCCACACAAUGUUUAAUAGGAAAUCCACAUUGUUUAAAAACAUGAAGAAACCACAUUACCUUGAUUUUACCCCCCCCCCCCCCAUAUGUUAUGAAUCACAGGUAUAGAUUAUUUGUCUUAUCUACUUUUUUUAAUAAAAAAUGAAAACUGCA